CUUCACGAAGGCUACCGCUUUGACUGAUUGUGUUCUGCAUGCGCAGCUCGACAAUGAAUGUUUCACAACAAGAGAGGUUUAACAAGACAUCUAUGGCUGAAAAAUAUAAUCAAAGUAGUCUUGCAAGAUACCUAGAUGGUGAAUUUUGGGAAAUAAAAUAUAGUCUUCGAGAAGAGAUAUCCAAAGGCGAGGUCUUUCGAAAGAGCAGUUAUGGUCUUCCGUUGGACCAGAAUAGAGAUUUGACGGUGGAAAGACUGGAGUAUAUCUUAACGAGGCCACUAAUGCGACGUCACAUCAAAGAUCAGGUCAAGGAGAAACAACCUGGUUUCAUAGCCAAGAGUAUGGAUAUUACAGAACUGAUAUGCUCUGCAGAUAUGGCCACUGGAGUAAAGUUGGGUGUGGUGUGUGGGUUGUUUGGUGGUGCAGUCACAAACCUUGGCAGCCCUGAACAGAAGGAUUCAUGGUAUCUCCCUGUUACAGAUUUGGAAUUCACUGGGAUGUUUGCCAUGACAGAGAGAAGUCAUGGGAGUAACGUCCGAGGAAUCCUUACAGAGGCACGCUAUGAGCCAUCUACACAGGAGUUCAUUAUCCAUACUCCAUGUGACGAUGCCCAGAAGAUGUACAUAGGAAAUGCGAUGAAAGGGAAUUACGCCUCUGUCUUUGCUCAGCUCAUCAUCAAUGGAGAAUCCCACGGUCCUCACUGUUUUAUUGUCCCAAUCCGAGACCAGAGUGGAGUCAUGAAUCCUGGAGUUACAGCAAUUGACAUGAAACACAAAGAAGGCUUACACGGAGUUGACAAUGGCAUAUUGAUAUUUGACAAUGUCAGGAUACCAAGGAAAAACCUGCUAAGCAAGUUUGGCUGUGUGUCUACAGAUGGGGUGUACUCUUCUCCCAUCCAGAGCAAGGGCAAACGUUUUAACGCCAUGUUGGCUGCACUCACACCUACCAGGCUGGGGCUUUCUGUCCAAGCGAUGGCCUCCAUGAAGUUGGGCCUCAUCAUUGCCGUGCGUUACAGCCACAGUCGUCGUCAGUUUGGGCCAAAGGACCAGGAGGAGGUGAAGAUCAUUGAGCACCAGACACAGUACCUAAGACUGAUGCCCCACCUGGCUGCUGCUCUGGCACUAACCUUCACCACCAGGUUUGCAGGGUGUAUGAUGGAUGAUGCUUUGUGCAAAGGAGAAGUUCUACAAAACAAUAGUUCUCUCCAGGCUUUGGUUGCUGGACUGAAAGCAUACAGUACCUGGGAAAACCUUGCCUGCCUGCAAGAGUGUCGAGAAUGCACCGGGGGCAUGGGUUUUAUGAUGGAGAACCGAAUCCCUGCUCUGAAGUGUGACUCGGAUGUAUUCGUCACGUUUGAAGGUGACAACGUUGUCAUGUUACAGGUGGUGGUGAAGGAGCUCAUGACCCAGUACACCAGGCAGCUGGGAAACAGCGUGGGGGGUGGACUUAUCAAAACAUGGGCCAGCUCAAUGUCUGACAGCUUCAGAACAAGCUUCCUUGGCUUCAAUGUAGAUACAGUGGGGGAUCUGAGUUUCCUUCUGAAGGCACUAUCGUAUAGGGAGCGGGUUCUACAGCGCACGCUGGCAGCCAGACUCUACGCAAAGGUACAGAAGAAUAAAGAGGAGUUCUUUCAUGCCUGGAACUCCUGUCUCCAUCAUGUCACUGGCCUGGCAUUAGCACACAUACACAGAGUAACGCUAGAGCAGUUUGCUCUGGCCGUAAAAAAGUGCCCAGCCGAAGAAGACCACACCUUGCUAACAAAGUUUUGUCUGCUCCAUGGCACUAGUCUGGUGUACCAGGAGCGGGCCUGGUAUUUGGAGCAUCAUUACCUAACCCCGACCACCAGCCGUCAGAUACGCACUCAGUGGGUGGAGCUGUGUAGAUCAGUGAAGGAUGUGGCCCUGAAGGUGGUGUCCGACUUCAACGUUCCCUCCUGCUGCAUUCAGGCCCCCAUUGCUGGUGUGGCCAAUCCUCAGGCUGAGUGGGCCUUCCAUCCGCUACCACAGUACCCCAUCGCAGCCUCCAAGUUAUGAGCUCUACUGUGCAGUUUGCUGGCUGGACUGGCGUAUAUGAGCACAAAGUGGCUCAUAGCGUGACUCAUCACUCAGUCCUCAGUGAAAAGCCAUGGGCUAUGUUUAAAUGUUCAUACUAGCAUAGCACAGAAUAAUGCAUUGUAUUGGCCAUGUGUUCUUAAUGUUGUAGUGUGGAUAUCAGAACAUAGCCUGUGGUUUUUUGCCCAAUCUGGACUGGCUCUGUAGACUACAGGCCAGAUGUUGUCUAGACUAGUGUCAUUAGCUGCAGCCAAAAAAAUAAUUGCAACGUGUGAUUUGCAAGUAUCCUUUUAAUGCAUUGUCAUUUAAAUCUUAUUUUAUUAAAAAGAGUGAAAUGAUUGUGUUUUAUUUGUUAUAAAGGCAUUGGGGAGUUUUUGUAAUUUGCUUGGUCCAAUCCAUUACUUAUCAGACUAAGUGUUGCUUAAUAAAUAUGCUAAUAGGUGUGUGAAAUUAAAGUUUCCAUGACAGCAGUGGGAAGCAACUAUAUUUUUAACUACUAUAUUUUCCUUAUUCUUAAGACAGACUUAGGUAAUGUAACAUUUGAUACUGGUUUAUUUUCUUGCUAAGACCUGGUAUAGGCCUGAGACAGUGCCACAUUACAUGCAUGUAUGGACAGCGAACUGACUCAAUAGCUCUGCACUGAAAGCUUCUGAAAGUUAACCAGUGUGCUUUGUGUAAUUACUAAUUAUUGAAGACAAUCGCCGGCAUAUUGGCUACAGAAACACCAUUUUUACUAUGAAUCUGUCCGCAAGCUAUUUUCCCCAAUCAAAACUAAAUAGACCACAAUGGCCAAUAUUCGGUCCAGCAAGA